AGGGUGGGAGAGAGAGGGGCAGUAACAGCAGUGUCUAGCUCCUUUGCCUGAGCCUGCAGCGAGACUGGGGCUCUCAGAUUUCUCUUCUUCGUUCUUAUCCUCUGCACUGCUCCCUUAUCUUCCUCUCCCACUCUCUUCCUCCCUUUUUACUUUUCCCCUCUGUUCUCUGCAUUCUGUUCAUCUCCACACUGAUCCCAUCUCCUCAUCCUGUCGUAUUGUGGUGUAUGGAGUGAGGGUCUCUGGCCCCACGUGCACCCAUCCUCUCUCCACCUCCCUCCAUGGGCAUCCGAGCAUCCUGCAGACCAGACCCUGCGCUGCGGGGGGGUGCGUCCCAGCAUAAUGACUCUCCUCUCCCAGACCAGGAUGAGGAGAUACUGGGCUCUGAUGACGAGGAGCAGGAGGAUCCCAACGACUACUGUAGGGGAGGUUACCACCAUGUGAAGAUAGGAGACCUGUUCAAUGGGAGAUACCAUGUGAUCAGGAAGCUGGGCUGGGGACAUUUUUCCACUGUAUGGCUGGCCUGGGACAUACAGGGGAAGCGUUUUGUGGCCAUGAAGGUGGUGAAGAGUGCAGAGCACUAUACUGAGACAGCCCUGGAUGAGAUCAAGCUGCUGAGAUCAGUGAGGAACACGGACCAGAACGACCCCAGCAGAGAGAAGGUGGUUCAGCUACUAGACGACUUCAAGAUCUCUGGCAUGAACGGAAGUCAUGUCUGUAUGGUGUUUGAGGUUCUGGGUCAUCACCUGCUGAAGUGGAUCAUCAAGUCUAACUACCAGGGCCUUCCUCUGCCCUGUGUCAAGAGCAUCAUACGACAGGUUCUCCAGGGGCUGGACUACCUCCACUCAAAGUGUAAGAUCAUCCACACGGACAUCAAGCCAGAGAACAUCUUGUUGACGGUUAACGAGCCCUACAUUAGGAAUAUGGCUGCUGAGGCUACGGAGUGGCAGAGGACAGGAGCUCCACCCCCCUCUGGAUCUGCAGUGAGCACAGCCCCUGCACCCAAACCAACAGCAAAGAUGUCGAAGAACAAGAAGAAGAAGAUGAAGAAGAAACAGCGGAAGCAGGCAGAGAUGUUAGAGAAGAGGAUUCAGGAGAUGGAGGGAGCGCCGGAGGUAGGAGAGGAAGAGGAGGGGGAAGACGAGGAGAGGACAGGGACCACAGACGCCCCUCCCUGUGCCCCCCCGCCCACCUCCGACACGCUACAGGACAUCGCUAAUGAUGUCACAGCAGACCCAGCUCCAGAUAAAACGGAAGAGAAGAAAGAGCGGGAGGAGAGCAGGAUGGAGGUGAACUGCAAUGGCCACGCCCACUCAGAGAGCCAUGCGGUACAGAGGACCAACGAAGAAGAAGAGGAGGACCAACAGAACGCCAACAAACUUGACGCCGUAGCCCCCGACAACGCCAGUACCCAGGGACGGGACUUGCCAGCCAACGCAGCUUACCCAGAAUGCAACGGCGACCCCGGAACAGACGGUAAAGAAUGGCGAGGGAGAGGAACGGAGGGAGAGACGGAGGAGUGUAAACGACCAGAGAAGGAUGAGGAGGAGAGAAAAGACGAGGAGAUGGAGACGGAGGUGGUGCCUGGAAGAGAGGAGGGCGAGAGGAACGAUAAAGUAGCAGCAGGUAGUCUGUUGGUCAACCCUCUGGAACCUCUCAAUGCAGACAAGAUCCAGAUCAAAAUAGCUGACCUGGGGAAUGCCUGCUGGGUGCACAAGCACUUUACAGAUGACAUCCAAACUCGUCAGUACCGUUCUCUGGAGGUGCUGAUGGGAGCCGGCUACGGGACGCCUGCUGAUAUCUGGAGCACUGCCACAAUGGCCUUUGAGCUGGCUACAGGAGACUACCUGUUUGAGCCUCACUCUGGGGAAGACUACUCUCGAGAUGAAGACCACAUAGCGUUGAUCAUUGAGUUGUUGGGUAAAGUUCCUAGGAAGCUGAUCCUGGCCGGAAAAUAUUCCAAGGAGUUCUUCACCAAGAAAGGUGACCUGAGGCACAUUACCAAGCUGAAGCCGUGGGGUCUUUUGGAGGUGCUGGUGGAGAAAUAUGAGUGGUCUAAAGAGGAGGCAGCUACCUUCUCUAGCUUCCUGCUCCCAAUGUUGGACCUGGUACCAGAGAAGAGAGCUACGGCUGCAGAGUGCCUCCGACACGCAUGGAUCGCCUCCUAGAGGAUCCACAGCGCUACUACAGCCAACAAGCAGCACAUACAGUCCACACAUACAUGCACACAUGCACACACAUACAUGAACAUAUGUACAUAUACACACACAAACAUACAUACUCACAAGCAUACACACACAUACAUACACACUAGGAGGAAGCCGUUGCCAGCACCAUGCCUGCAUUGCCUCCCUAGUGGCUCCUCAACACACACCACACUAGACUGGCUGCUAAAGCCCUACUGGUGGCCUUCAUAGAAAACACUGGUUCCAGAUAAACAAACACAAGGAAGUCCAAUCCGGCAGCACUAUAUCUAUCUAUAUCUCUUUAUUUUGUUCCUUUUUGGUACUGACUGGAUAUGACUUGAGUAUCUGAUCUCUUUUUCUUUCUUUACGCAUGUUUUUCUCCAUGCCAUUGACACCUCUAACAAGUUUCAUUCAGUGUUUUUCUUUUUGUUUCUUUGUUUGACAGCUGUGCAUGUUCAAUCAGAGUUAAGGUCAAACCUCACAGACCUCCAGUGGACAUUUUCAAGACCAAUCAUAUCUACAAAACACCCACUGUACCACUAUACUAGCUCAUCCAAAUGGUAGUGAUUUUAUAUACAGUAUUGAUAGAGGUUAGUUUGAAUCUUUUCCUUCAAUAACAAAGCAUAUUUACAAUGUGUGUAGGAUUGUGGGGAAGAGUAGCUGCCUAGAAUGUAAUGAAAAGGGUUUGGACUCUGUUAUAGAUUCUAUUGAUUCGCCAUGAAGUAUUCCUGAACUGGGAACAGAUGUGAACUAACUGGAACUGACUGAAAGGAAUGGAACUUCUGGUUCUGCAUGUGGUUCUGUGUCUCUUCUAUGACAUCAUCCCUGUCCUAUCCUUCCAUGUCUCAUACCAGGCAGCAGUUUUGGAAUGGCACUUAGCACAGUGUGGAGAUGGUACCAUCAAACUCUGUCCCGUGUUUAAUUUACUACCUUCUGUUACCUGCAUGGAUCCACAGACCAUGACUAUACCAGUGCUACGGAAUAACCAUGUUUCAUACUAGCCAGCAGGAAUGCAAUCAUGGUUAAGACACUGCGGAGCCGGCGCGAGGUAUGAGUCGUAAAACGUACCUCAAUGCAGCGAUGGAACGUGCCACUGUACUCCAAAUUGUACUUAUAUCUAAACUGCCCUUGUCCUCCUCAUCCGAGCUAGCAGUAGCCACAGCAGCCAUUAUGGAAUGGCACGGCACGUUGAACAAAAAGGAGUUGAUUGGCUGAAACUGCCAUUCCAAAAUGGUGUUGGUGGCUACUGCUCGCUAGCAUGAGGACAUAAAGGGCAUUUUUCUGGAAAAACUGGCAGUAUUUCAAUCUUCUUGAUGUAUCAGUUUGGAUAUAGGUACAGUGGCACAUCCAAUUAUGUAUAUAAACCCUGGAUUGCUGAUGUUAUGUAUGACCAAUGAGUGACUUUGAAGCAACCGGUCGGCCAUAUUAGCACUCCCCAGAAGAGGCAGUCCUUCAUAGCAAUUAAUGGAGUUCUACAGUAUUUCAAUUAAAUUAAAGGACAAAAUUACCUGUAUUUUUUUAUAUUUUUUAUGUUUAGCUCACUUAAUAUAAUUUAAAAGUAUGAAUCAAGGUGUCUAACAGAAUAAACGUGGCAAACUUAGUGGUUAAGAGCGCAGUGCCAGUAACCGAAAGGUCGCUGGUUCUAAUCCCAGAGCCAACUAGGUGAAAAAU